AAAAAAAAGAGAGGUCAUUGAAAGGCUUCAUUUCGUCAGAUAAAUAACUAAUAACUUUCUAGUUACACCUAUCUCGGGUCUAAUUUACCAUAACAACUAUGACACACGGUUAUUGACACAGCCAAGGAGAGAAACACGCAGCGUGCAUUGUUUAUUCUACUUUAUAAGUCGAUCGAACGCAACGCUAUAUCCGCAUAAAAGAAUGAAAUUCUGUCGGAAGAAAUUACUCUGAGCUGCAAACAUGAAUUCUUGAUCGAUCCUAAUUUCUUAUUUAUUCUAGACGUAACUCCCACAUAAGGAAUUUUCUUUCGCGGGAAUCGUCCCGGGGAACCGGCCGGUGUUUGUGGCGUCGCGACGCCAAACGUCGGCUUCAUUCGACGCGCGACGCUUUCUCGUGUCGCACGUGCGUCGCGAAGCCCCUUUCUGUGUGCGUGUGUGUGUGUGUGCCAUAUUCGUAGGUGUGUAUUGCUUGAUUCACGGACUGAUUAAUCGAUAUACAAAAUGAUGGUAGAGGCAGAGCGAGUCAGAGCCAAUCAGAGGCUCAAAUGAAUUCUUCGGCCAUAAAAAAUUGGUUGCAGCGGGGCGAACUUGAAAAAGUGGAAAAUAUCGUAUUGGAGGGUCGAGGCACGCGUUUAUUAGGUGAACAUUCACCGGAUCUUAAAACUCGUGUCUUCCUGAAGGGACUCCCGAACUAUUUGACGAAGAUCUAUCAAAUACACGAUACCGUCGCACGCGGCUCGUUAGCUGAAACGCAGAAGAUCAUAUCCGAAGAGCCAAAGAAGAAACUGGCGAUUGCCAAGGAUUCUUGCGGCACGCCCUUGAUACACAAAGCAGUCUAUCACGAUCAACCCGACAUCGUUGCCUGGCUCGUAGAAAAUUAUCCUAUUACGCCGCAGCAGAGAGAUAGAGAAGGAAAAACAGCUUUACACUAUUGCUGCGCGUGUAAAGAUCCCGAUUCGAUCUGGGAUCUUCUUAUAGAAGGUGGAUGCGACGCUAGCAUUUGCGACAAGAAAGGAAACCCAGCCGCUUAUUACUUGAAACAUCCCACGGAGAUUGAAUUGCCCGAAGUGGAAGUAAUGUCACGACGAAGAAAAAGUAGCGGAAGGGAUUGUCUGGAUUUCAAGCCUUCCAAUAUCAGGAUAUGGAUACACAAUAGAGACAUCGGAAAAUUGCAGCAAAUGCUAUGGGAGGGACAUGGAUCCAAACUUCGAUGCGAAACCAGCAACAAUCCUCGGAUAAGAAAAUUUCUAGAGGCCACACCCUUUAUCAUGGGCACAAUAAAAGAUAUCCAUACAACAGUCGUUAACAAUGAUUUGGAAGGUUUUAAGCAAAAAUUGGAAGAACCUGUUUCACCUAUUGUUUUGUGCGGCAAGGAUAGCAACGGUUUAAAUGUCCUACAUAAGGCCGCUGGUUUGGGAUACACGGAUAUUGCGCGUGAAAUUCUCGAGAGAAAUCGUGAAACGGUAGCCGCUCAGGAUAACGAGGGAAAAACAGCAUUGCAUUAUGCAGCUGCACUUAAAGACGAUGGCGCCAUGUACGAUCUUCUGACCGAACAUGGAGCUGACGAGAGUAAAUUAGAUAACAGACAAAAGGCGCCUGCAUUCUACAAAAAUCGCCCUUCAGACGUAGACUUGUCAAAUUUAUCGGUGAUACCAGAUGCACCUCGAGUCUCUGCUACUUAUCCGAAAAGUUGGGAUUGGAAAAUCCUGGAGUUAGGACGGGCCGCUAUGCGGGGAAUGAAAAAGGUAGUUAGCAGUAAUGACGUUGACAGUGCUUUCGGUAGCGCUGAAUCCACAACGAAGGAUGGCUCGAGUGAGGAGAUCUACGAUAUGAAGGAUUAUAUGGGAGAUUUGGUGGAACAGAUUAAGAGAGCCGAUGACGAGCAGCAGGAGGAGGAGGUCGAGGCCGAGACUCCGAAUGGAGACGAGGAAGAAGCGCAGAAUGAAAAUGAGGCGAAUGAAGAAGAGGAAGCUGCGAAUGAGGAUGAGGAAGCCGCGAAUGAGGAUGAGGAAGCCGCGAAUGAGGAUGAGGAAGCCGCGAAUGAGGAUGAGGAAGCCGCGAAUGAGGAUGAGGAAGAAGCGAACGAAGAAGAGCAACAGAAUACGGAAGAGGAAACAAAAGACGAAGAGAAGGCAUCUUCGGACGAUGACGUAGUAAUCGGACCUGUCGCGGAAUCAAAAAACGAGGAGGACGGGCCUGAGGCCGCCGUUAAUGAGGACGGGAUCGACGAGGAAUCCCCGAAGAUCGAAGAAAUCGCCGUCAGCGAAGAAACCAUGGUUGAGCAUGAAGAUAGAAACGAACCCAGCACCGGCGAUUCCGGCGUCGAUGAAGAGCAGCAGGUCAUUGUUGGUGAACACGAGGAGGCUGCCGAGGUAGAGCUAAAUGAGGGUAGCAUGGCCCACGAUUUGGAAGUGGACAACCUGAUGGGGGACGGUAACAUGGAACAAUUGGCGGCUUUGGUUCUUAACGGCGAAGGCCGACGAUUGGUUGGACGGCAGUCCGGAAAUCCGGAACUCCAGGCAUUCAUUGACAACGUGCCAGCUUACAUGGGAAAAAUUCAUGCCGUACACAUGGCAGCGCGAGAGGGAAAUCUUCGUGAUUUGCAAAGCGCGCUGGAUCGGCGCAAAUUCGCGGUGGCGCGAAACGAAUCGUCACCUCACGGUGCAACGCCAUUGCACGCUGCAGUUGUAUUUGGCAAUACUGCUGUCAUCAGAUACCUGGCGGGAAGGUUUCCAGAAACCGCCAAUGCAAUCGAUCUCGACGGACGUACUCCGUUGCAUUACGCCGCGACGCUUGCGGAUAACGGCCAUUACUACAAUCUCUUGCUUCAUCUGGGCGCCAAUCCUUUAAUAGAAGACAACUUCGGACAUAAAGCGGAUUAUUACAAGCAAAAUCAAAGCGACCUAUCGCACAAACAACUUCUUCGCGAUUUCGGGGCCAGCGAAAGGCUCGCCGACGAAAUGUUGACGGAUAAAGUUCCCGGAGGUGAUAUCUACUCAGCCCGACGUGACGUGAGCGAGCCCGAGAUCCUGACUACCCUAGAGCGAUGUUUCCGAUUGUUGGCGGGCAACCGGCGAUCGUCGAUACCGAAGACGUCGUCGACACCAUCGAACGCCGGUACACUAGUCGCUCGUUGCUUGAAACGGCCCGUAUUCGAUUUGAUCAAGCACCGUGUGACUCGCAUGGACCACAAUCUCUUUGACGUGAUCUGGCCCGCCCUGAAAAGGUACGGUACCGUCACGGGCAAUGACAGUAAGACCAACAGCGCCCGCUCCAAUCUCAGCAAUGCUGCGGAUGAGGAUGCAGGUUACGGUGUUGUGGCACCCGACUUCGAGAGUUACGUCGUCUUCACGGAGUUCUUCGAUCCCUUCAUCCGGGAGUUGCACUGCGUCACCGCGAGCGGCGAUCUACUCGAUCAUCCGUCACCGCGUUUCUUCAACACCGAGGACGAGGGAAGCGUGGAGAUCCUGCCAGAUGAAUCGAUCGUCACUGCUAUUACACAGUACGAUCUAGAUCCAACUUGUAAAUUCAUCCAAGCCGGUAUUUUAGAGUGCACCCGAAAUCUGGCCGACUACAGUUUGCCAUUGACAUUAACAGUCAAUCAACUGGAAGAGGUUGAGAGGGAGAUCACUAAUCAGCUGAUGAGCCCGGAGAUCACCGAUCUGAUGGCGGAAGGCAGCAGCGAGGACGAGGCCGGCACAUAUUUCACACUCAACGAGAUUCUUGAUCAGCCUAGUCGAAUACGAACACAGUUGGCGGCAGCUGGUUUGCUGUUACCAAUUACGGAGUACGAGCUGAACGACGACCGGCGUCUUCAUGGCAAGCAUUGGCCCUACGGACGUGGCGUGUAUGUCACCACAGCUGGCGAUCUCGCCGCGUGGGUGAAUGUUCAGGAUCAUCUGAGGAUCGUCUGUCGCACCAGUGAGAACCGACCAGGCCUGGUAGGCCGCGCUUAUGUCAGAGUGGCUAAGCUGAUGAUGAUAUUCGACCAGAGACUAAACUUCAAGCGAGAUCAGAAGCUUGGUUUCCUGACUGCGCGUCCGCACGCUCUCGGCAAUACUCUUAGGUUCUGCCUGAUCGUCCGGCUCCCAGAACUCUCGAAGACGUCCGACAAUCUGCGGCACUUAUGCGUGGUGCGCGGUCUAUGUGUACGCGACACCAUAAAGAGAGAUAUGGUGAGGAUGAGCAAUCAACAGUCGCUGGCGAUCACUGAGCUGCAGACCCUUCAAGACUUCUCCAGAGCGGUGCAUAAUAUCAUCACGUUGGAAAAAGAAUUGUCGAUGAACAACUCGAUGAAGAUCGCCAAUCUCAUCACUGAUGAUAAUGAAGCCGAAAUUCCGAUAUUUCGGACAGAAGAAGGACGUUAUCUAGCAUCAUCAUUGGGUGAUCCAUUAAUUAAAGGAUUAACGGAAGUUGCUAACGCGCGCCCAAAAGACCCGGUCACAUAUCUUGCGACUUACUUGUACAACUUUGCUAGCAAGAACAAAACCAACGAACAGGAAUCCGAUGUUCUCAUUAUACCUGAUCGUGAAGAAGAAAAUUUGGAAAAUAUUGAGAAUGAAAAUUUUGAUGAAGACGCCGGUUAUCCCCGAAGUCCAGCUUCAGACAUACCCGAGUCCACGUUCAGCAAUCCUAACAGAGAUGAACAUGGACAAAGCAUGAUUCAUUUCGCAGCGAUUCGUUCCUAUUCAAAGGACGGUCUAUAUCACCUACUACUGGAAACGCAAGUUAACAUUGGUUUUAGAGACGAACUAUAUCGGACAGCUAGAGAUAUUGCUGAACAGGCAAACAUUCGAGAGAACGUUGAAGAGAUUGAUCACUACGUUGUUUAUCUAGCGGCGAGAGGUGAAACUGAAAAAUUGGUUGAACUUUUACUGGAGGGCUACGAUCAUAUUUUGGAUGCAGAGGAUGAAGAAGUAAACAUUAUCGACGUUGCUGCACAAAGAGAACACGAAGCUACGGUGCAGUUUUUACAAUCGAUUCCUAAUUACGUGAACCAACGUGAGGAGGUACAUGCUGCAAUUCGAGCCAACGAUGUGGAUCGUGUGAAAGAGCUUUUGAACAAAAAUAACGGAGGUGGAAAAUUGUUGGCUGUCGGAAAGAAUUCGUUCGGUCGAUGUGCACUCCAUAUCGCUGUACUUUGGGAAAAUGAAGAGAUCGUUAAAUUUAUCGCAAGAACGUAUCCGGAAACAUUACGUAUUGGCGAUAAUUUGGAAAGAACAGCUCUUCAUUACGCAAUGGGAGUACCAUCCGUGGAAGUCUUGAGUAAUAUAUUAAUUACGGCUGGCGCGAAACGCACCGUCAAAGAUUUGAAAUCUCGACAACCUUCGUAUUACUUCAUGAAUAAAUCUGAUAUCGAACGACUUCAAGAAGAAGAAAAAUCUAUGAUCAUGUAAAUCGUACGAUGCUGAAUACCUGCACAGAUUUCGCAAUUAUACGAUUACACUUUAAUACAUUCACGCAUUCCAUUGUGAAUAUUGAAUGUUGAGAAACUAGAGCCGAUGAGAGACAAAUUCGCAAAAAAAUCCGAAAUCUCUCUUUAUGUUGCGUAUAUUUUUAUCUAUAACAAUAUUAUUAUGUCGAUUGUUUUUGAUGGAUUAUAAAAUAAGUAUACAAAUGUGUCAAAGAAUCUUAAAGCUCUUUAUGUUCUUUUAGGAUAGAUAUUUAAUGUUUUAUUUUUGUAUAUAGUAUACUAGACAAGAGAAAUAUUUUACGAAAAUAUUUUGUCAUUCAAUUAACUCUUAUCGGCUCUGAGAAAAGUUUGUAUUUUCGCAUGUUAUAUUGUAUCAUUGAAAGUAUAUCGAAUCAUAAAUUAUGUCAAAUGUUGAGACAGUUUAGUGCCUUAUAAAUAAAUGUAAUGAGACUGCAAUGUAUGUAACAUCAUUAUUUCAUUGAAUUACAGCAGAAUAUAAUGUAUUGACAUGUA